CCGGUGUGGAACGGCAGCGCACUGCAGACCUGUGCGGCCAAGGCGACAAUCUCAGCCGGUGACAAGCGAGUCCAGUGCGGAAUUGGAGGCUUGUCUGGUCCUGACUACUGCUACGAGUAUGGGCCUGUGAACAACUGAGAAGGAGACCUAAAUUUGGGGAGAAGACAUGCACACACUGAUUACCACCACAUGGGGGCACCACCUGACAAUAUACAAGUGAAAUCCAGCUGACCAGAUGAGUACCAGCGAGAUUGUUAAAGAAGGAAUCCUGUUGAAGAUGUCCCAGCAGAAGAAGAAAAUCUCCCCCAAGAACUACAGAGAGCGCCUCUUCACCCUGACCAGCCACAUGCUCACCUACUACGAGCAGGAGAAAGGGAAGAAAAAGACAAAGAAAGGGACAAUCCUAUCAGAAAGGAUCGCAUUUGUGGAGAAGGUUGACCCAGAGGAGAACGCACCUGUUCACAGACAGUUUCCCUUUCAGGUUGCAUAUGAUGAAAACAUCCUGUACCUUUUUGCUAAAAAUGACGCAGACAGGAUGGCUUGGCUGGAAGCCCUGAUGCAUGUAAUAAAAGGUAAUCCUAAACUCUCUGCAAAGUACCACAAAGGAUUCUGGGACGAUGGAAAAUUCUUGUGCUGCGGGCAGACGGUAAAGAAUGCUCCAGGUUGCAUUCAGUGGCACAAAGAUUUAACUGGUCUCAGACCUGCUUUGCGGAAUUUUGGAUUACCUCCUUUGCCGUCUGUAAAGGGCAGGGAGGGUGUCCACCUACCCCCCAUCCCAGAGACUGACCCCAGGUCAGCACUGGCUCUGUAUGACUACACUGCUGAGAGACCUGAGGAGCUGAGUUUGCUGAAGGGACACAGAUAUGUGCCUCUGGAGAAGAUUUCCCAAGACUGGUGGAGAGUCAGAGACAUGGAUGGUUCUGAAGGACUUGUGCCUUCUUAUUUCCUAGAGGAAGAGGAACCCCCAAGUGUAAGGACAGGAUGUGAUGUCUCUCCACAGGAAGACAUAAAGGACUACCUCUGGUAUGUGGGAAGCUUGUCCCGGGGCAAGACUGAGCAGCUACUACGAGAAAAGGGUAAAGAGGGCUCUUUUGUGGUUAGAGACUCCAGUCAGAAAGGAAUGUAUACUGUGUCCCUGUUCAGUCGAGCACUAGAUGAGGUGAAUGGGACCGUCCAACACUACCUCAUAAACAGGGAUGCAGAAGGCAAAUACUUCCUGGCAGAGAAGCACCUGUUCAGCUCUAUCCCCAGCAUGAUAGACUACCAUCAGCACAAUGGAGCAGGCCUGUUGACUAGACUGCGGCACCCCGCAAAUGAAUCUGCUAUGUCUCCUCCAGCAGCACAAGGUGAGUGGGAGCUCAGGCGUGAUGAUGUGCGUCUGGGCAAAGAGCUGGGUAGUGGCCAGUUCGGGGUGGUCCAGCUGGGUGUGUGGAAGGAACAGCAGCAGGUUGCCAUUAAAAUGAUGAAAGAAGGCUGCAUGUCAUCGGAGGACUUCAAAGAGGAAGCCCAGGUCAUGAUGAAACUACAACACCCUAAGCUAGUGAAGUUGUACGGUGUGUGCACUGACUGCUUUCCCAUCUACAUCGUGACGGAGUUUAUGAGUAACGGCUGCCUGCUGGACUACCUGCGGAGGCGGGGCAAAGAGGCAAGGGCCUCCACACUACUGCACAUGUGUGUGGACGUGUGUGAGGCCAUGGCCUACUUAGAAGAUCAGCAGUUCAUUCAUAGAGACCUAGCUGCACGAAAUUGUCUGGUGGAUACAGAUCUCACUGUCAAAGUCUCAGACUUUGGAAUGGCAAGGUACGUUUUGGACGAUCAGUACACCAGUUCUGCUGGUACGAAGUUUCCUGUGAAGUGGUCAGCUCCUGAGGUUUUGUACUACACCAGAUUUAGCACAAAGUCUGAUGUGUGGGCUUUUGGCGUGCUGAUGUGGGAGGUGUACAGCUUGGGAAAGCAGCCCUAUGAGCAGUACGAUAACAUCCACAUUGCGGAGAAGUUGAUGCAGGGACAUCGGCUCUACAGACCACAGCAGGCCACCGAGUCCAUCUACCGAGUGAUGAAAGCCUGCUGGCACGAGCUUCCAGAAGAGAGGCCCAAUUUUCACCAGCUCCUUAGUGACCUUAAUGCAUUUGAAGUGGACAUCUGACAUCUGACCUACACUCAUCACAUCAUGUUUAUGUAUUUAUCAAAUUACUAAAAAAUACAUAAUUAAGUACAAUAAUCAAGAGCUUGAGUGAUACUUCUGUGCCAUUGCUAUAAUACAA